AUGGAGAAAGAAAUUAUGCUUGCUCCUUCAUCAACGGAACUGCAAGAACUGUUUCGUGAAGCUCAUUUGGCUAAACAUAAAGCAUAUUGUCCCUAUUCAAAAUUUCGAGUAGGAGCUGCUUUAUUAGCAACAAGCGGGAAAAUAUAUUCGGGAUGCAACAUUGAAAAUGCUUCAUAUGCUUUAGCUACGUGUGCUGAACGUACAGCAGUAGUAAAAGCCGUUUCUGAAGGUGAAAAAUCAUUUAAAAAACUUGCAAUUACUUCGGAUGUUGAAUUGGGUUUUACUGGCCCGUGUGGAUCAUGUCGCCAGACAUUAGCUGAAUUUGGUCUUGAUUUAGACGUUUAUCUUGUUAAUGCAAAAAAUGAAUCAAAACUGUAUAAGCUACAAGAAUUAUUACCCAUUGCUUUUACACCAAGUGACCUGGAAAGACCCCGUUCGAAUCAUGAUAUUAUGUAA